GUUGGGUCUAAGUGUUGUGGGUUCAUCUUUGCGUGGGAAGGAGGAGGAUGAAUGGGAAGAAUUACUGAGCAGGCUGGAAACUAAUCUUGAUCGAGAUAGCGGAACUAUUCUUGAUCAAGAUAUUGAGGACGUACUAAGAGUAGGCUAUGAGAGUUUAGAUGACAAUGAGCAAACUCUAUUUCUCCACAUUGCAGUUUUUUUCAACUAUAAAAGUUGGAAACUCGUGAAAACCAUGUUCGAUGACAGCGACUUGGAUGUCAAACAUGGGUUGAAGAUUCUUGUAAACAGAUCUCUCAUCAUAGAAACCGUUGAAUGUGAGCCAAGAAUAGUCAUGCACAGAUUGCUAGAACAAAUGGGUAAAAAAGCCAAUGAAAAACAAGAUCCUUGGAAACGCCGGAUCUUGAUGAAUGCUCGGGAGAUUUGUGAUGUUCUUCAACAUGCCAAAGGUUCAUGGACUGUUCUUGGUAUAUCGUUUGAUAUAUCAAGAAUCAACGAACUAUCCAUCAGCAAGAAAGCUUUUAAAAGAAUGACUAAUCUCCGAUUCCUCAAAAUUUACAAACGACAAUAUGAUGGGAAUGAUAGAAUGCAUAUACCUGAGGAGAUUAAGUUUCCAUGCGGACUAAGGUUACUAGAUUGGGAAGCAUAUCCGAGCAAGUGUCUUCCUCCUACAUUCAAUCCUCAAUAUCUUGUCGAACUCAGUAUGAAGAAUAGCAAGCUUGAGAAGCUAUGGGAAGGGAUCAAGCCGCUUGCAAAUCUCCAGAAGGUGGAUUUUUCAGGAUCUGUUCAUUUAAAGGAACUUCCCGAUCUUUCAAAUGCUACAAAUCUUGAAAAGUUGGAUCUAAUAGGCUGCGAGAGCUUGGUAGAGAUCCCAACUUCUUGUUCGAAUCUUCAUAAACUACAGAAGUUGUGGGUGACUGGAUGCAUAAACCUACAACUAAUUCCAGCUGGCAUGAACUUGGCAUCCCUUGAUGAAGUCUUCAUGAGAGGAUGCUCAAGGUUGAGUAGCAUUCCAGUCAUGUCAACGAACAUCAGAAAACUGUGUAUAUCGGAGACAGCGGUUGAAGAUGUGCCUGCAUCAACUAGGCUGUGGACUCGUCUCACGUCUCUCAGUAUAAACAAAGGUGGAAAGCUCAAAAGAUUAACAUAUCUCCCUAAGAAUGUCACAGAUUUAGACCUAAGCUAUUCUGAUAUUGAGAAGAUUUCAGAUAGCAUUAAAGCCCUUCAUCAGCUACGGAACCUUAAUCUAGCUGGCUGCGCAAGACUCACGUCAUUACCAAAUCUCCCUGGUCCGCUCAAAAACGUAAUAGCGGAAGACUGUGAAUCACUUGAAACCGUAUCAAGCUCUUUGAACACUCCAAAUGCGCGGCUCAAUUUCAUCAACUGCUUCAAACUGUGUCAUCAAGCAAGAAGAGCAAUUUUUAAACAAUCAUUCUUCAUAGGAGGGGCACUCUUACCAGGAAGAGAAGUUCCUGAAGAGUUCGAUCACCGAGGCAGAGGAGCCUCACUGACCAUUCGUCCAGACGGUAACCCUUACAGCGGAUUUGUGGUUUGCGUGGUGAUUUCCCCUAAGCAGCAAGAGUUUAGUUUCUCCCAGCUGCUGUGUCGUCGCAUAGGCGUAGCUCAGGAUGACUUCUAUCCAGUUGAAAUGUUGGUCUACGUAGGUGAAGUCCACAAGCUUCGAGGGGAACAUCUAUUUGUAUUCGACUCUCGACAUAUAGAGUUCUACCCAUCUGAUAUGAGCAGAGAGAUAGUACUCGAGCUGAGCAGCAAGUCCAACGAUUUCGGUAUCAUUGACUGUGGUGCCAGGAUCUUGACCGACGAGAAUGGGAGCAAUGAAUGUGGCUUAGACGACCAAGUGUUAGAAGAAGAAAUUGAGCUUGAAUCUAGCGAAGCUUUUGAAGAUGGCAUCGAACAUACAGAUGAAGUAGUCUGUUACUCGGAAGAAGUGGACGGUGGAGAACGUGCUGAUUGUUGGAGUUGGCUUUUGAUGUGCUUCGAUCUCUCCCAUUGGUGAGAUUUGUUUCCGGAAGAAGACGAUAAAACCUGGAUGUGGACAUAACUAGGGCGUAUGUCUAAAGCUAUGUGAUUUGCCUAAAGACCAUGUCAAGGAAGCAAAUUGAUAGACCCAACCACUUGCUUGAAAGCAAAUGCAUUCGUAAAAGUCUUGAAUAGAAAGGAAAGUGGCUACAGACAUGUACAUGUAGUGGAAGACAAAGGUUUUAGAUAUUUUACUUAUGUUGCUUUUGGUAGUUUUCCAUUAUUUAGCAUAUUUUUCCAUUGUGUUUUGCUUAGCGUACAAGGUAAGAGACCCUCUAGGCUCUAGCUUUCACUAUCAUCUUCGAAUAAAGAUCAAUAAAUUAAGGAGUUCUUUCGGU